GAAUGCUCAAAAAAUUAAUAAUGAAAACUGGUUUGGUAAAGAAAGAUUAGAAAAAAAUACUUUAAGCAAUAUGAUGAAAGAAACUGCUCAUAUCUCAGGUAUUAACAUUACUGAUCAAAGAAUUACUAAUUAUUCAGAAACGAGAACUGCUAUUCAACUUUUAUCAGAUCUUAAUGUUAAUGAGCAUGAAAUGAUACAAUUUUCAGGUCAUCAUUCAACUGAUGGGCUAUGUACUUACAAAAUUCUUAAUAAUAAACAACGGCUUAAAAAUUCUAUCUUGUUACUUAAUGUACUUCAAGAAUCUUCAAUUAUACAACAAGAAGAAUCCCAACAAGAGAAGUCUCAAGUUAUACAACAAGAAGAAUCUCAAGUUAUGCAACAAGAAGAAUCUCAAAUUAUGCAGCAAGAGAAUUUUCAAGUUAUACAACCAGAUGAAUUUCAAGCUAUACAAUAUAAAGUGUCUCAAGUUAUGCAACAUGAAGUUUAA